AUAAAUUUCAGUUUCGAUAAUUUUUUGACAAUUGACCAAUUUAGGGUUUAUUUUUAAUUUUUAAGCAAUAGUGACUAUGAUUAUGACUGUAUGAGGCAGUGAAUUUUUCCCCAAAUUCGAAAAACAACCAGUCAAGGCCAUGGUCAGCUUGCACGAUAGUCUCUUCGCGAUUCCUUUGUAGUUUAUGCCUCAAAUUCAAUACUGAACUCAAGAAAAUAGAUAAUCGAAUAUUGUAAUGAGGAGAUUGCACCAUUUCUGCAUCUUCUUCUUCCUCAACUCCAUCAAUUUUUGGUUCCUCUGCGCCUAUGGUAAAACUAGUGAAGUUUGCAUUUCUCCUGGUGGUCGAUUCCCCCCAUUUUCAAAUGUAGGCAAGCCCCCCAAGAAAGCAAGCAAAGGUCCCAGAGAUCUUACACUUUGCAGGGUUUUCCGCAAAAAGACAUGCUGUGAUGUAACUCAAACUCACCCUGCUUUGCUAUCCAUCAGGAGACUUGCAUCAUCUGGAGAAGCUAGCCAAGAGUGCUUGCAACUAUGGGAAUUCUUGGAAUGUUCAAUCUGCGACCCAAGGGUGGGGGUACAACGAGGACCUCCUAACAUCUGUGCAUCCUUUUGUGAUAGGGUUUAUGAAGCAUGCUCAACAGCAUACUUUGCUAUGGAUGGAAAGACACAGGUACUAGCACCAUGCGGAGUAGGUGACUUUGUUUGUGGUAGAGCUUCAGAGUGGGUCUCUAAUGGAACUGAGCUCUGCAAUGCUGCAGGUUUCUCUGUCAAGCCUCUCGAUGAUCCUGAAGAAUCAUCAUGCUAUGGUGGGAAGGGUAGUCUCGAUUAUAUUGCAAAUUCCUGGAAAUCUUCACGUUCCGAGAUUGUACGCAGAGAACAGAAAACUGAGGUUGUCCAAGAUUUUAUGCAAUUAAUUGCUGAUAUGCCAUUAAGCGAGAGAAUUUCUUGGGCUGUUGGAGGAAUGGUACUUACAGCUGGACUUCUGUUUGCAAGUCGAAGGAAGACCACCGGUCAACGCCAGAAGCAAGCAGCCAUCCAGCGCACGGCAAUUGCAAGGAGACUAGGAACGAGGAUUUCCCCUCCUGCAUCCCCUGUUAGCCACGGAAACAGAAAGACUGUCGGAAAAUGAGUGCAAAACAUAUCUGUAUAUACUUUUCCUUUGUUACAGUGCUCUUGAACAGGGCACUCAUACUAACUGGAAGCGUGAGAUCUACAUUCGACUUUGCUGAUUAUUACAUGACUUGAAGAUCACCACCACCCUCCCGGUUUUAAAGAAAUCAUGUUCUGAAGCAUGGAGGAGCUGUGUUUGAACAGCAGACCUAUUUACUUGAUUUGUAGGAAAUGAGAGUGGCCCUAAAAUGAUCUUUGGUGUAAUAUGCUGAGCUUUGUUCAAUAGAUAAUGUCUCGUGCCAUUGUCGUAAACCAGCUAGACAAAGUAGAGUGUUGUGAGUGUUGUUUUAAAGUGACAUUUAAGUGGAUGAUGCCCAAGUUAACGAAGUUUUGCUUUAUGAUC